CUGGGUGUUGGUGGUACCUACACGCUGGAGGAAGGAGGACUUCCAGUUACUCGGUCUGGCAUGAACUCCCAAGUGGAACAAAGAGAAGAACCAUGCAUGUUGGAGGGAAGGGGCCUAAGGAACACCUGUCCAGACUGGCAGAUUGUAUCUAGGUCAACCCCCACGCCAGGUAUUUCUGAAGACUCAUUCCAAGAUCUAAGUGUAGAGCUGCCUCCGGAGGAAUCAGAGCACAAGAGCAGUGAACCCAAGGAGAGUGCCAGUGUGAGGGCAGUCCUUUCUGCGCAACAGAGGGGUUCCGUACAAACGAUACCCCGGGAAUGUGAAACACACAGAGACACCUUCAGGAAGAAAUCGGAUGUAAUUCAGCUGCACAGAGGGGAACCUUACAUGUGUAGUGAAUGUGGCAAAGCCUUCAAUUACUGCUCGGCCUUUUCUCAACAUCAGAAGAGCCACACUGGGGAGAAGCCCUAUGAGUGCAAUGAGUGUGGGAAGGCCUUUAGCCAGAGCUCGUCGCUCAUUCAACACCAAAGGGUUCACACUGAAGAGAAGCCUUACAGAUGCAGUGAGUGUGGAAGAGCCUUCAGGCAGAAUGCAGACCUUACCAAACACCAGCGAACUCAUACUGGAGAAAAGCCUUACAAAUGUAGCAAAUGUGAGAAAGCCUUCAGCGACUGCUCAGCCCUGACCCAGCAUCAGAGAAUCCACACCGGAGAGAAGCCCUAUCCGUGCAGUGAAUGCGGGAAGGCCUUUAGCCAGAGCUCAUCUCUCAUUAGGCACCAGAGGGUUCACACGGGGGAGAAGCCCUACAUGUGCAGUGUGUGUGGAAAGGCCUUUGGUUACUGCGCAGCAUUUAUUCAGCACCAGAGAAUUCACACGGGGGAGAAACCCUACAAAUGUACUACCUGUGGAAAGGCUUUCAGCCAGAGUGUAAAUCUUGCAAACCACCAAAGGACUCACACUGGGGAGAAGCCUUACAAGUGCAGUGAGUGUGGCAAGGCCUUUAGUCAAAGCACAAAUCUUAAAAUCCACCAAAAGACCCACACUGGGGAGAAGCCAUACAAGUGUAAUGAAUGUGGGAAGUUUUUCAGUGAAAGGUCAGCCCUCAUUCGCCAUCACCUAAUUCACACUGGAGAAAAACCAUACGAGUGCAGCGAGUGUGGGAAAGCGUUUAACCAGAGUUCAUUCCUUACUCAGCACCAGCGAAUCCAUACAGGUCUAAAGCCCUAUAAAUGUAGUGACUGUGGGAAGGCCUUCAGGGGUAGUUCAGCUCUCAUUAGACAUCAGAGGCUCCACAUCAAAGACUAAGUGUGCACAUAAGCAAAAUGCAUUGGGACCUGAGAGUUAAAGGGAAGUCUAUGAACAUCUGGAUAGUUCCUAGCACUUACUGCCAGAGCAACAUACAAACUCAAUAAAAGCAUUGUCACUGCUUC